AUGGACUCAUAUUCCGCGAGGGGGAAUAGCAUCUUCUGCACCUUCGUCACGGUGCUGGGGACCACGGCAGUCUUGAACCACCUCUCGACCUUCCUACCCAUGAAGCAGUUCGAUGUUCGAACAUCUGGCACCGUGCACCUAAACAAGAUACAUGACCUCAUUCCCAACUCGCACCAUGCUUGCGACCAGAGUGUGCUCUCAUUCAACGUUAGCCAUCAGCUCUCCAGCGAAUUCCACUGGAACAUGAACCAGCUGUUCGUCUACCUUGUUGCGACGUACAAUGACACGGCCUCCAACAUGAGGAACGAGGCCUUGCUGAAAUGUUUUGUGCUCUUCGCGCAGACAGAGCAAAGCGUCGGUUACACUCUGGGCUGGGAGCUUAGCAGGAAGGCCUUCCUUGAUCGGUAA